AAAUAAGUUGUAGGAAAAUAAAAUUCAUUAAAGGUGUAAAAAAAAAUUCUUAACUUACGCCGUUAGGUGGCGCAUGGAAAGUUUGUCGAGAGAAUCGUCGGCUGUUUUGAAUUUGGUUAACUACAAAAGAAAAUGCCGAAAUACUACUGUGACUACUGUGACACUUAUCUGACACACGAUUCGCCUUCUGUCAGGAAAACCCAUUGUAAUGGACGGAAACACAAAGAAAAUGUGAAAUUUUACUAUCAAAAGUGGAUGGAAGAACAGGCCCAAAACUUGAUUGAUGCGACAACUGCUGCCUUUAAGGCCGGAAAGAUACAAUCCGGCCAGUUUGGACAGCCGCCGAAACCUCCAGGUGUCCCACCCGGUGGCGCCAUGAUACCACCUCCUGCUAGUCUGCAAGUGGGUAAUCCCAGGCAGCCCGCACCCAGGAUGCCCAUGGUCGGACCUCCUCCCGGAAUGGGACCCAUGCCCGGUCCCAUGCCGGGACCGAUGCAGAUGAUGGGUCCGCCCGGGCCCAUGCCACCAAACAUGAUGAUGCCAGGUAUGCGUCCUCCCAUGGGGCCCAUGAUGCCGAUGGGUCCCAUGCCUGGACCGGUCAGACCCCCGAUGAUCGCAUCCAACACCUCUCAACCCCAACCGCCACCGCAGCAGCCGGCACCCCAACCUCCGACUAGUAAAAAGUAAUAGACCUCGGAUGAAUCAACGUGUUUGUACAGUACAUAAAACUGCUCAUCAUCGGCAUCUUAAACUUUCCAUUUAUAACAUUUGUCUUUUACAUGACGAUUUGAAAAUAAAUUUAAAGACUAA